ACAUGCUGCGUAUGUACCGAAAUGUAAUGCUGAUUAUUUUUGAACAGUUUGUCAACAGAUUUUUUUGGUCAUGCGAAUGUGUUACCUACUAGGCCUAGGGGUUAGGCUUUUCGGUAAACAACAACAUGGCCGCCAUGUUUGUCCAGUGGCCGUGUCUUUUGUUUUAGAAACGAAAGGACAUAAACCAUCUGAAUCAACGCACUAAUACUGCGGAGUCUGAUAAUUACGAAAGCCUAAUGAGUGGUUAGAAAUCCACGAGAGAGCAUCUUAGAUUCUUCAAGAGAAGCAAGUACACAGAAUCUGCAAGAUGAGGCUUUCGUCUACAAUUACCGUUACGUACAAGGAUUUCUGUGUAGCAGUGUUGAUCUUCGGGACUGCCACUGUGUCUAUAUACUGUUUGUGGACAAUGAUGCCCGGAACAGAUCGACACGUAGAACAGACGUUUGGUGCAAAGACAGGACAUCGUCAGAGAGGUCUGAGCGUCCUCAAAGACAUCACAAGAAACGUUUCCAUGAAACAGAAGAGUAAACAGAAAAUCGUGGAUCCUCCUGUAGAUGGCGAUGUCAAUGUAGAGCAGAAGGAUCAAGAGGUGGAAUUUGACGCCAUUCGGCGGGUGUAUCCAGAGGAAUACGCCCUGCAAGACGUCAGCAAGCUCACAAGCUCCGCCAAAAGCUUUUACAGAAUCGAAGGUGAUAGGCAGAACAUCAAACUUGGCGAUACACUGCACGUGAUCAUACAGGCACGCGACGGCCGGGGAUGGGACCGAGGCCAAGGGGGCGAUUUCUGGUUUGCCACCCUCGCCACCAAGCGGAACAGCUCCGGUACGGCCGGCCGAGUCCUGGACUACGACAACGGUACCUACAGCGCGUUCUUCACGGUGGGGUGGUCGGGGAAGCUGGCCCUAGAAAUCAUGCUAGUCCACCCGAGCCACGUGGGAGCGGUGAUGACCAACGUCAUCUGGAACGAACGUGACCGCGUGGAGUGGGCGGGGCGAUUCGAAAUGGCGCCAAACUCGCCAAUCAGGUCUGACCAACGGUGCGUGCUUAGACGCCAAUACGUGCCUCUGAUUGGUGAAUGCGUGAUGACGUAUCCAAAAGCUAUGGGUCAGACGGUGCUGAUGUGUGAUGCCCCGGGUCCAGGGAUCAAGUGCGAUGGGUUGAGCACCCUCUUUGGAAACUUAACCGCCGUCAGGGACAGGAUCAAGAGCUUCACGCGGAACUACUACAAAGUCUUCUCAGGAGACUAUUUUAAAAAGAGACUAGUACGGGGUCCGAGUCAACUUGUAAUUAAAGAGUCGGAAUUCCUACGGCAGAAACUGCAGAGCGACCAGGCCAACCUACCGGCCUGCCAGCCCGACCUACCCAGUCCCGAUCACGGCCUUGGCUACUGGGAGAAAGACCACUGGCACUCCUUACUCUGCAGGGCGAAAAACUGGAGCGACCCGGCAGAAAUUGGUCAAUGUCUGAGGGGAAAAGAGGUCUACUUUCUCGGAGAUUCUGUUCUCUGGAGAUGGAUGGAGACAUUGCUUAAAACGAUGGGUGUUCCAGCGAAGACUAAGAAAUCUGACGAAGAGGAUGUCUCUGUAAAGCUGCCUUCAUUCAAUAUCUCCUUGAACUUCCGGUUACACCCGUUGACCUUUACCCCAAACGGCACCUCACACCGGAAGUUGACAUUCGAGGUGGACGUGAUGGACAGCUUGAAGAACAAGGGGUGCAACUACGCCGUGGUUGUGGGCACAUGGGCCCAUUUCGCUCAGUGGACUAGAGAGAGUUUUGUGGAGCGGGUGGGUUUGCUUCGGGAAGCCGUACUGAGAUUGAGAGCCCGUUGCCCCGCGGUGAGGAUCGCUGUAGCCGGUCCGCAUCCCCGUGAUCAGCCCAGUAAGGAAUCUCGCAUCUACCACAACGACCUCAUCGUCCGUCGCAUGGGGGAGUUCCUCGAAGAUUCGGUCAGCCAAUCGGGAGCCUUGUACCUCGAUCGUUGGGAUUUGAAUCUCGGCUACCCGUCCAGUAAGAGACUUCACAUGCCGAGUGCGGUCAUUCGCGGUGAACUUGGCAUGUUCCUGUCCUAUGUCUGCGGCAUGGGCGAGGGAGGAUAAUAAAACAUGUUAAAUCUGUCACUUUAAUAGGAAGACACUUCCUACCAGUGAAUCCAAACUCCCAGUUUUUCAAAUGGAUUCGAGACUGUUUUGCCAAUCGAAAUUUAUUUGUGGAACCCUAAACCAAGACAACAGGUGCAAUUAAUGCAAUCGUAAUUUUUUUUUUUUGGGGG